UUGAAGGUCGACAAACACUCUAAACCUCUUCAAGUUGGAGAUAUACCAUCGUCAGUGACGCAGUUAAAGUUCAGUUCAUACAGCCAACCUCUUCAGGUUGGACUCAUACCAUUGUCAGUGACGGAACUAUCAUUCUUUUCAUAUUAUAAACAAUUUCAGGUUGGAUACAUACCAUCAUCGGUGACAAAGCUGUCAUUCAGUCAUUUCAAUCAACCACUUCAGGUUGGACACAUACCAUCAUCAGUGACCCGGUUGUCAUUCGAUAUAUUCUUCAAACAACCUCUUCAGGUUGGGCACAUACCAUCAUCUGUGACACAACUAUCAAUCGGAUUAUUCAAACAAUCUCUUCAGAUUGGAGUUAUUCCAUCAUCUGUAACACACCUGAGAUUCGGAUCAUUCUUUCAGCCUCUUCAGACUGGACAUAUUCCAUCAUCGGUGACACACCUGUCAUUCGGAUCACUCGAACAACCACUUGAAGUUGGACAUAUUCCAUCAUCAGUGACACAGUUGACCAUCGAAGAUUAUCGGCAUCCUCUCAAAGUUGGACAUAUACCACCAUCAUUGGUACAAUUAUCAUUACAUUUCAGCCAACCUCUUGAAGUUGGUCAUAUUCCAUCAUCAGUUACACAGUUGUCAAUAGAUAUAUUCAAUAGACCGCUUCAAGUUGGACUUAUUCCAACAUCAGUAACACAACUAUCAUUAGGUGGUUUCAAUCAUCCACUUCAGAUUGGACAUAUUCCAUCAUCAGUGACGCAGCUAUCAUUAAAUAGUUUCAAUCAACCACUUCAGAUUGGACAUAUUCCAUCAUCCGUGACAGAGCUGUCAUUAAAUAGUUUCAAUCAACCACUUCAGGUUGGACAUAUUCCAUCAUCAGUGACGCAAUUAAAAUUCUUACCAAUUCGAUCAACCUCUUCAGGUUGGACAUAUUCCAUCAUCAGUGAUUCAGUUGGAUUUCUCAUCCUUCAAUCAACCUCUUCAGGUUGGACAUAUUCCAUCAUCAGUGACACAUCUAUCAUUCUAUAC